AUGAAGGGUCCUGUUCAGGAUUUGUAUCAAGAUCGUUGCUUUAGACUGAGCACCGAUGAUAUAGAGACUUGUAUUUACCGUAAGGCACCGAAUUGGGACAAAACCAGUCAUAACCCGAUAUACCAGUGCUGUAUUAAGUGGCUAACAAUGGACUGCGCCCGUGAGCUUCCCAUGCCUUAUUGUUCGAAUUAUGAGUAUACGACCAUGCUUGGUCUAAUUGAUCCAGCUAUUACUUAUUUAAAUAAUGGCGAUUGCAAAGUAAAUCAAUAUCAUCCGAAACUUCCCACCUGUAAUUUGCCACCUGCUCCGGACUGGGACCCCAACAUCUCUAACACUAUAUACAAGUGCUGUAUUAAUUGGCUAACCAUGGACUGCGCUCGUGAGCCACCUAAGUCCUAUUGUUCAAAUUUUGAAUACCAAACUAUGUUGAGUCGAGUUGAUGCAGCUAUUGCCGAUUUAAAUAACCACGAGUGUAAUGUGUAUAAAUACUAUCCGGAACUACCCACGUGCCAUAAACCACCUGUGCGAGAACUGUUGGCCAACACCGACACCGAUGGCGGGCCCACACAUGUGAUCGCCACUACACGACAGGCCACUAAUGCGGCGUUGGAUGAGCUCCGGGACCGACACUCAAACCUACAUGUCCUACAUCUCGAGGCCCAGGACUACUACAGUUACCCUGAGUUUUCCAAACGUGUAGAGGCACUACUGGGCGGGAGAGGGUUAGAUACCCUGAUCAAUAACGCUGGUAUAAUGGAUCGGACAAGUCUUGCUGAAGUGACUUUGGAGCAAAUGAUCGACAGCUAUCACGUUAAUGCCCUCGCACCAUUUAUGCUUAUUAAAGCCUUGUUACCACUACUCAAAGCUAGCUCAUCCACACGUAAAACAGCUAUAAUAAACAUGACCAUGGCCAGCAUACCGCCAAAAUCACCUAGUCCCUAUCCAUAUCGGUCUAGUAAAUCGGCGUUUACCAUGAUCAGCCAGUGUUUAGCUGCUGAUUUAAUUGAUGACGGUAUUACUGUACUUAACAUCAACCCUGGUCACGUAAAUACUUAUGGUGGCGAUCCGGACGUUACCAUUGAUAUUGAAACUAGUGGUCGCGCAAUAUUGAAUCAUUAUUAUUAUGCAUCAGUGUUGAUUACGGGCGCCAAUCGUGGCAUUGGUCUCGGAUUAGUGACCGCACUGUUGGCCAAACCCAACGGCGGGCCCACACAUGUGAUCGCCACUACACGACAGGCCACUAAUGCGGCGUUGGAUGAGCUCCGGGACCGACACUCAAACCUACAUGUCUUACAACUGGACGGUAAACGUUAUGAAACUUUUGCCGCGUUUGCCGUUAAAGUGGCUGCAAUUGUGGGCGAUAUGGGAGUGGAUUGUCUGAUAAACAAUGCGGGCAUUGCUUUGAAACAACAUUUGGCCGACGUUACAGCGCAGGGCAUGAUUGAAAACUUUGAGAUUUCAGCGGCCAAACAGCGCAAAACAAUCGUGAUCAAUGUAUCAUCAAUGUUGGGUUCAAUAGGUUUGAUUGGUCAGUAUCCGUUCAAAUUCUAUUAUCCGUACCAAACGAGCAAAGCUGCUCUUAAUAUGAUCACCAAAUGCUUAUCUGUCGACCUUAAAGCACAUGGUAUACAAGUUAUUGGACUUCACCCUGGUCAUGUCAAAACUGAUAUGGCUGGACCGGAUGCACCCUUAGAUGUGACCCAGAGUGUUUCGGCUAUAUAUAAAGCUGUAGCU